CACCUACUAACCUUAAUUCCACCCUCUUCCAAACACGGACGCCAGACCAAGGAAUGCAAUAAAGGCAAAAGUGAAUCGAAAGCCAAGUGUGGGACAAGCUGGUGCCAAAGCACUUUUUAAGUGAGCGAUCUCAUUUAAUCCAAACACCCCGAUUGCGUUGGUCCUAUUAUUAAGGCCAUUUUACUCAUGCGAGAACAGAGGCUGAGAGGUCAAGCUGUCCAGUGUCACAAUUUCACAGUCAGUGGCAACAGGGCGAGCGUGGGAAGCUGGCCCCAACGCCCGUUUUCUGGCUUUGCACUGGCCAGAGACUCCUCGUGGAUAGCGUAAGCCAGGCCGCGGCCCCAGCGCCUAUCCACGGUGAGCACGCAAGCGUUGGUGGCACUGGGCGGAGGACCCCCUGGCGCAAAAUGAUGCCUUCCUGUGAAGGCUUGGGGAGGAGGGAAGCGCAGCUGGGAGAAGGCUAAUCGUUAAGCAAGACGGCCUUGGAGUGGGCAGGACCGAGACCGCAAGCGCUAACGGCCACGACUAUCGACAGUUGAAACGAGUCCGGCUGCGGGCACACCUCUAGUGCCGGUCACCCUGGCCCGCCCACCGCCAGCGAGGACCUGGAGAGUCGAAUCCAAACUGAGAAAUGCUGGGGCGGGGCUGAGGCAAGGGUCGGCUGUAGCUGUUAAGAGUUUAAGCCAAUCAGUCCCCGGCUCCACUUCUCUCGACCAAUAGAAAGUAGGCUAAGGCGCAGAGGCGGAAAGUCUGGCUACACGAGCAGGCGUCAGAGCCAAUUAGCCGUGAGCCUCGUUCCCGUUGUCCAACCAACAGCGAGAGCGGAUAUGUGGGCGGGAGACCGGAGCAGCUGUCAGGCUAAAGUCCGUCGAGCGACGGGAGGCAGGGCGGCGGGAGGAGACGCGGCGCGGGAACGGACCCUGGAGAUGGUCCCAGGCGCCGCUGGCUGGUGUUGUCUCGUGCUCUGGCUCCCCGCAUGCGUCGUGGCCCAUGGCUUCCGUAUCCAUGAUUAUUUGUACUUUCAAGUGCUGAGUCCUGGGGACAUUCGAUACAUCUUCACAGCCACACCAGCCAAGGACUUUGGUGGUAUCUUUCACACAAGGUAUGAGCAGAUUCACCUUGUCCCCGCUGAACCUCCAGAGGCCUGUGGGGAACUCAGCAAUGGUUUCUUCAUCCAGGACCAGAUCGCUCUGGGUGAUGAUCGGGGGCAACUGGGAGCUAGGACCUGCCUUUCCUUUGGUCUCAUCACCACCUCUUCCAGGGGCUGCUCCUUCCUCUCCAAGACUCGAGUGGUCCAGGAGCACGGCGGGCGGGCAGUGAUCAUCUCUGACAACGCGGUUGACAAUGACAGCUUCUACGUGGAGAUGAUCCAGGACAGUACCCAGCGCACAGCUGACAUCCCCGCCCUCUUCCUGCUCGGCCGAGAUGGCUACAUGAUCCGCCGCUCCCUGGAACAGCAUGGGCUGCCAUGGGCCAUCAUUUCCAUCCCAGUCAAUGUCACCAGCAUCCCCACCUUUGAGCUGCUGCAACCGCCCUGGACCUUCUGGUAGAAGAGUUUGUCCCACAUUCCAGCCAUAAGUGACUCUGAGCUGGGAAGGGAAACCCAGGAAUUUUGCUAUUUGAAAUUUGGGGAUAGCAUCCGGGGACAAGUGGAGCCAGGUGGAGGAAAAGGAUUUAGGAAUUGCUAGGCUGAAAGAGGGGAGCCAUACCACUGGCCUUCCCUUCCCCAGGGCCCCCAAGGGUGUCUCAUGCUUCAAGAGGAGGCAAGAGACAGGCCCCAGGGCUUCUGGCUAGAGUCUGAAACAAAAGGAGCUGAAGGUAGGUGGCCUGAGAGCCAUCUGUAACCUGUCACAUCUCACCUGGCUCCAGCCUCCCAUACCCAGGGUCUCAGCACAGUGACCUUCACAGCAGUUGUUGGAGUGGAUUAAAGAGCUGGUGUUUGGGGACUCAAUAAACCCUCACUGACUUUUUAGCAAUAAAGCUCAUCAGGGUUGCAA